UUUCUCUCUGGAAGUACUAAUGUAAUAUGAAUGUGUAUGAAUGUAUGACUGUUUCCUGGUGGUUGUCUCAAGUCAGCUGUUAAGUGCGAAUGUUGAUAUCGGUUAAACUUAAGUAUUGUUUUCGGUUGCACGGCUCUUUGAAUAUUGCAGUGAUGCUCAAAAUGCAAAGCGCACGUCCUUUCAUUAUGUGCAUUCAAAUAUCUAGAUGUAUUUGUUUGUCUAGCACGUGCUUGAAUAUUAGUAAACAAGGUAAAUUUAUGAGAAAAAUAAUGUAUGGAAGUCGUAAGCCGAAAAGAAAGUGGUACGACACAAGUACAGAUUUGCGCAAUAUCGCGAGCGUUAAUCCGACCGAUAAAUCUCCUUCUAUGCAUACAAAGCGCAGAAUGAUGAUUCGAGAUAAACUGUUUAUGGAGCACAUAACGGACAUGGUAUCGAUGGGAGAAGUGUCUGACAUUAUAAAAGGAGGCAUAGAGAUCACUCAUGUCAAAAUAACUCCAGACUUUAAAUGUGUCAAUGUAUUUUACAUACCCAGUAACGACUCAUCCGUUGAUCAAGAAGCCUUACAGAAGUGCGCUGGAAUUAUUCGACACGAAUUAUCACAACUCCGUGUUAUAGGCAUAGUGCCACCUAUCCAGUUUGUUCAAAACAGGCAAUACUUUAUACAGAAGGAAGUCGAUAGGAGAUUAGCAAUGCUCAAGUUCGAGGAGGAUAGUGAAAUCUUGUCUGAACAAUUGAAUAUUUCUGAACCUGAUAAUGUCGAUCAGACUUUACAUGAAGAAUCAAAUAAUACAGUGCAUGACUGUGAGACAGAUAGAAUUUAUAUACAAUUGCCAGUGAUGAGACACGAUGUGUUAGGACUGGAUCACCACAAAAUUAUGUCUCGAAUUUCCAUUGCAGUGUCGAAAUCGAAGAAAGCUGCACAAAAGCGAAUAUUAGAUACGAAUAUCGAUACUAACGAGAGCACCCACAAUCCAAAAGAAGUUGUCGAGAAGUUUCUAACCCGGGAAGAGCAACAAAAGAUCUUCUCUGAUUUUCUGAAUAAAAGACGAAUAGAAGAAAAGCGGAAAUACAGCUUGAAACGACUUAAUAAACAGAAACUGUUAAACAAUUUUGAAGAAGAGAUAUAUAAUGGAGAGGAUUACGAGGAUAAUGAUGAUAUUAAAGACAAUAUUGAUGAGUACAAUUUUGAGGACGAGACUCGAAAAUGAUUUCAAAACGACUUGUCUCAGAGAACAAUUUUUAUUCAAUAUAAAUAUAAUACUAAAGUUCAACUUUCUGUACAUGUGUGUACAAUAAAUAAUUUAUUAGGAAUAAAUUGUAUUGUACAAUAGACAUAAAAUCUUGCAACAGCUGUGAGAUAAUACAACUAAUAAUAACACAA